CGUGAUACAGGAAGUAGCCCCUGGGGACAGACGUAUGGGUCGCUGGGUGGAGCAGAAGCCAGGGCUCUUGGGGGGAGAGUUACAUCUGCCACCCCUUGCGAUGGGGUGGGGUGAUCCAGAGAGGUUUAGCUAGGGGUUCCUCUAGGGAGGAAGGAGUUAAGUGGCUCUGCUGUCACCUGAGCUGGGCAUCAAAUUACCUGGGUCCAGGUUCUAGGAAGGGGUGGAGCAAGCCUGGCCCUGGGCCUCUUCGGCAGCCUCAGGCCUGGGUAAGUCGUUGAGGAGGUCUGGAGUGAGCACCCUUGGCCUGGGAAAAGGCUUUUACUGGGUAUCCUCACCUGACUCUGUCCCCAGGCCCUCAGCUAUGGCCCUGUCCCCAUCUCUGGGCCCUAGACUACCCCCAGAGUCCUCCCCCCAUCCCCCGGGAGCCCCUAGGGAGCUGAAUGUUGCUGGCUGCGUCAUCUGCCCUGCAUCUGGAGAGGAGAGAACCAGGCCAGAGCAGGCCCAGAAACUGAGGCAGGACUCCUCCGAUCCUCCUGAUCACUUCCAGGGUGGGCUGAAGGGCACCGAGCCCACCGCUGGCUCCCCAAGACUGCCAACACCCUCUUCCCAUGAGGACCCAGCAGGGGGCAGACACGGUGAGCACACCAUCUCUGGCCUGGAGGUAUUGGAGACCGAGCAGGACAGCCUGCACCUUUGUCUACUGGGGCUGGGUCUCCGGCUGCAGGACCUGGAGAGAGGCCCGGGGCGCUGGGUAUUGGCCCAGAGCAGGAUGGUCCAGCUACAGGCCCUACAGGAAGAUCUACGAGGGGCAGCUGAGCGUGUGGAUGCACUGCUAGCAUUUGGUGAGGGACUGGCCCGGCAGAGUGAGCCUCGAACCUGGGCGUCCCUGGAGCAGAUCCUGAGGGCCCUUGGAGCCCACCGAGAUGCCAUCUUCCAACGGCUCUGGCAGCUGCAGGCCCAGCUGGUCAGCUACAGCCUGGUGUUCAAGGAGGCCAAGGUGCUGGACCAAGACUUGGAGGUUGAGGGGGAUUCAGAUGGGCCAGAACCUAGUGGGAUCUGGGGGCACUGGGCACCCGGUGGCCUCCCCAUUCCUGCAGAGUUGGAGUGGGACCCAGCAGGGGACGUUGGACGCCUUGAGCCCUUGAGCCAAAAGGCAGCUCGGACACCAGGGGCUCCCUGUGAGCUGUGUGGCCAUAGGGGUCUCCAGGAGCGAGGACAAGACCUUGAGGACGUGCUUGCCUUGGGCCUCAGCUACCGGAAACACUUAGCAGGUCACCGAAGAACCUCCCUGCUCCGAAGGCCUCAGGACAAGAAGCAGCAAGCACGUCUCAGUCUCCAGGACGUGAUGCUGGAGGUGGAGCCUGGGGCCUCUGCUCCUGCAUCCAGGCAGCCCCUGCCCUUCCUCCUUAUCUUUCUCCUCGUCGUCUUGUUCCUGCUGGGUGCCACAUUGCUCCUGUACCUGUCAGGGGGCCCCUGCUGCUCUCACUCCCGACUGGCCAGGACUCCCUACCUGAUGCUCAGCUACGUCAACGGUCCCCCCCCAGUCUGAGUACACAGCUCAGGUGCACGUAAUAAAUGGCACUGUCAAAGGA